AUGCCUGGCAGACCAAAAUCUACAAGUUUUAUUGUUGAAGAAGAUGAAUUACUGACUGACGAAGAAAUAUUAGCUGAAGACUGAAGACUAACUCAACUGAUUGCUGAAACUACUAGAAUUGAAUCAACAUUGCAAUGAUGUGCAAGGCAUCGCCUAAUUGCCAACCGAAUGAUAUGUGAAAACUGUGAUGAUUUUGGUACUUUAAAUAGACUCAGCAGAAGGCAAGAUUUUUAUGAAUGAAGAUGCAGUCAUUGUAAUCGCUCACAUACAAUUCGCAGUAAAUCAAUUUUUGAAAGCAGUAAUCUUUCACUGCAGCAAAUCCUGCUAAUCAUCUAUUUUUGGUCCAAUAACCAUCUGCAACAAACUACUGUUCAUGAACUUAAUGUUUCUAAUCACACUAUAAUCGAAUGAUUCAGUCUUUUAAGAGAACUUUGUGAAGAAAGCGUUACUCAAUUUAAUGAAGAACUUGGGGGAAUUGAUUAUAUGAACAAUCCUAUAACAGUUGAAAUAGAUGAGUCUUACUUCUUCCAUAGAAAAUAUCAUAGAGGGAGAUUUACAGGAGGGCAAUGAGUAUUUGGGGCGAUUGAGCGUGGUUCAAACAAAUGCCUACUAAAACAAGUUCCAGAUAGAACUCGUGAAACACUGGAAGAAUUAAUUAACAAGUGAAUACUUCCUGGAACAAAUAUUAUCAGUGACGGCUGACCAGCUUAUGCAAGAAUCGACGAAAUUAACGGAGGAGUCUAUAGCCAUGAGAUAGUUAUCCAUCAAGAAUGUUUUGUUGAUCCAGUUGACCCAAGCAUCCACACUCAACACAUUGAAGCCACUUGAACUCAUGUGAAAAGAAAGCUCAAAUAUCAAUUUGGAACGCAGCGAGAAUUUUUUCCAUCAUAUUUAGCAGAAUAUAUGUGGCGCCACUCUAUUUUGAAUAGGAGUCCUUUUGAAAAUAUGCUUUUAUGUAUUUCUCAAUACUAUCCAAUUUAG